AUGUUUCCAAAGGAGUGCAGGGAGCCAGGCUACAAUGUGGGCAGGCUACUAAAAAUCUCUAGCCACAGGACUAGCCGACAGAGGGCAUCAUCGGGUGUGUGUAGUCCACACAGAGCAGAGCCUCUCUGUGUGCACAUACAUAACCUACAGUACAAACAUUUAAUUACAACCUCACUUGGUCCAACUAGGAGCCUGCCAUCAGUGCAUCAGCUGAACUGCAGUUUUCGAAGCCUGACAACUGCACAUUCUUUGAGGUCUGCCGAAAAAGUAGCAGUUACCUUUGUAGGUCGUGAUGGAGAAAGACUCAAAGUCAAGGGUCAUGUAGGGGACUCACUGCUGAAAGUUGUUGUUGAUCAGAAACUAGACAUCGAUGGCUUUGGUGCAUGCGAAGGAACAUUGGCCUGCUCCACAUGUCAUCUGGUCCUUGAAGACUCCGUCUACCAGCAGCUGGACAGCAUCACUGAUGAGGAAAUGGACCUACUGGACCUGUCCUCUGGACUCACAGAGACGUCUCGUCUGGGUUGCCAAGUGUGCUUGACUAAGGAGUUGAACGGGAUGACUGUGCGCGUGCCCGACGGUGUCAAUGACAUCCGACAGAUGAACAAGACUGGGUCCUCCUCCUGAAACCAUUUCCUGAUCGUCAAGCUCUAUGAGUUCUCCUACAAACCAACAGCCCCACAGGAAACUGCUCUGGCGCUGCUGAUUAUAUUGCAGAUAGAAGAAUUCAUGGAUUGAUGAAUGAAUUAAUUUAGCCUCUUUUGCUUUUAAUUGAUUGAUUAUCCUUUUGAAAUACCAUCCAGCAUUCACAGAGAUCUUUCUCUUGCCCCAAAACACACUCUAUUCAGAAAUUUGUUGAAGAAAAGGAACACAUUUCUAAAGGCCUAACUGAAAAGAAAGACUCUUCAUGGCUGAUGAAAAGUGUAGCUUAUAUGAACUUACUUUGACAAAGUUCUCUGAGAAAAAAAACAAUGUACAAACACAUGCAUCCUCUGGAAAGCUUUUUCAAGGUUUUUUUUGUGGUAUACGUGCCUAUAGGCUAUGUAAGCAUAUGCUGGUGUCUAAGCUUAUUUGCACACAUAGGCAUAUAGGCCUACUGAAUGCAUACCGCCAUCAUAGUCUUGCCACUGGAAAGCCUGAAAUGCGAUUACUUUUCAGAGUUAAUCUUGUGCUGUUCUUUGUCACCAAGAAAUUCCCUUCACCUCACGUAAACCCAAUUCCUUGAAACACUUAAUAAACACAUUUUCCAA